AAGGAAUCAGUCUUUUCCUGCCCUUCUUCUCCACCUUGGUCCUCUCCAGUCAUCCCCACUGCCGCCCGCAAAUCCUGUUGAAAGUUGGCUCAGAAACGGGGCAGAAGGACCUCGGGGCUGGUGCUGCCUAUUCCGGGAGGCGGAGCGGCGGGUCGCGCAGCCCUGUGGCGGCCGCGGCAGCUGUCACCUUCGGUCUCUCCGCCUCGGGUACCCGGGUCCUCCAGAGCCCUUAGCUCCUAGCCGGGCGCUUACUGUUCCCGCGCACUAGUCGCCGCAUCCCUAAUUCCCAGCGCUCGCCCUCUCCCGGCCACUGCAGCAGGGACCGUGCUCCGCGAGCCGAGGACCAGUGCCGCACUCCGCGCACUGGCUGCAGCCGCUGGAUCCCCGCCGCAGCCCUCAGCUCAGCCUGGGGACGCCCAGCCGAGGAUGGGGACCCGCUCCUGAGCAGCUCCACCCCACUCCGCCGGCACCUCUAGAGGCGGCAAGGGGCGGGAGGAAAGGGGCGGGGGGCCCCAAUUCCCUGGUGGACCCAGGAAGUUGUCCUUUAAAACACAUCUCCAGCCCGCGGUUGAGCGCCACCUCGGCAGAGCAGCAUGUGGACUGGCUCGACAGGUCCCCUAAGUGUUCUGUGGCUGCCCCUGCCGCCUCAGUCGGAGCGACCGCUGUGGACAUCCAGAGACCCGCGGUGGGCGAGGAGCAGGGGGCUGGGAGCUGCGUCUCCGCUUGCUGCCGGCUGCUUUUUCUUCAGAGGUGGCAGUGAUUGUGGCUGCUGAGAAAUCAGUUCGCAUUUUCAGGCUGGUCGCCUGGUGAGGAGUUGGGACUGCACCUUCUGCCCGGACGCACAUGGCUUGUUACCUGGUCAUCAGUUCCAGACAUCUCAGCAAUGGGCAUUACCGGGGCAUUAAAGGAGUCUUCAGAGGGCCCCUCUGCAAGAAUGGAUCUCCGUCUCCGGACUUUGCAGAAAAGGAGAAGUCCACAGCCAAAGCUCUGGAAGAUGCAAAAGCAAACUUUUACUGUGAAUUAUGUGACAAGCAGUAUCACAAACACCAGGAGUUUGACAAUCAUAUUAAUUCUUACGACCAUGCUCAUAAGCAGAGACUGAAAGAAUUAAAGCAGCGAGAAUUUGCUCGAAAUGUAGCUUCCAAGUCAUGGAAAGAUGAAAAGAAACAAGAAAAAGCACUUAAGAGACUCCAUCAGCUGGCUGAGUUAAGGCAGCAGUCUGAAUGUGUUUCUGGAAAUGGACCAGCAUUCAAAGCCCCCAGGAUAGCCAUAGAAAAGCAACUCCAGCAGGGAAUUUUCCCAGUUAAGAAUGGCAGAAAGGUAUCAUGCAUGAAGAGCGCCCUUCUCCUUAAGGGAAAGAAUCUCUCCAGAAGCACUACAGACAAGCAGCGAUUUACCUUGCCAAAUCGACACCAGCUACCAUCAGACAGAUGCUAUUUGUUUGGCAAUAGGAUAACACAAACAUCUUCAGAUCUCAGCAACGUCAACCACAGGACAGGCGUGUCAUUCUCAUUUUCAAAAAAAGCAUAUCUAAAAUUAGAAUCUUCAGCCUCAGUUUUCAGUGAGAACACAGAAGAAACUCAUGACUGUAACAAGUCACCUGCCUAUAAAGUCAAACAAACAGUGGAGAAAUGCAAGUGUUGCAGGUUUGCAAACGAGGCUAUAAAUCUCACCAAGGAGGAAGAUGUCAAGACUUCCCCAAGACAUCUGGAGAAUGUUUUAAAUAACACGUUCACCACAAACUCCAAAAUAUUGCAAGACAGGAAGGAAUCUUUUAAUGAGAAACUAGAACAUUCAACAGACAGUCAUACUUCCUUCUCCAAAUCAAGUAUACAUGUUUCAGAAGCAGAUUUUAUGACUUCCGGGAGAGAGAACGAAAUUAGGACCACAUUGAAGAACAAUUCAGAAAAUUGCAUUAAUCACCCAUGCCAAACAAAUUAUUCCUCCAGCUCACUAACCAUGUAUAAGCACAGUGAGGCCAGGCUAUGUGAAAGUCCGGAUGAAUUUUUGUCUCUAGGGUCAAGUGAACAAAAGAGUAAUGUGCAUUUGAAUCCUAAUUCCAUAGUGGAGAACAGAGCAAAAUCUUUAAAUGAAGUAGAAAGAGUUAGCAAAAAUAUGCCACGACUUUGGAGAGAAAGUUGCCCCCACGAUGUCAAAUCCAAAUCAUUCCCUUUUCUCCACGUGCAGAGCAAAGAUGGCCGCACCACUCUACAGUGGCCUACGGAACUUCUGUUUUUUACCAGAACAGAGCCCUGCAUUUCUUAUGGCUGCAAUCCAUUAUAUUUUGAUUUUAAGCUUUCUAGGAACCCAAAGGAGGAGCAUAAUUCAGAGAAUAUUAAAACAGAAUUGGAAAUGAAGACAAAAACAGAGAGCCAAGGCUCAGGUUUAGGAGACCAACAAACAUCGAACCAAGAAAAUCAAUCUCUGAAACUAAAGACUGCUACAGCUAACUCAGAUCAGCAACAGUUCCAGAGAAAAUACAGUUUGGGCUACAUUCAUCAUGAGUCUAGUAAGAACAAACAUAAUGUUAGUCCAAGGGACAUGGGAUCAAAAAUUCCUGAAGGGCCUACUUACCUUAAUCUAUCUAUAAAGGACUGCACAAAGAAGGAUAAUGCUGAUGAUAAUGAAUUUAUGGGAUCUACACAAACCCAUUGGCAAAGUGGCAAAAGAACAGUUCUAAAUAAUGCUCAGGAGGGUUUGUCUUGCCCUCCUCAUGUCUCUAGGCCUAAAAAGCAUGAAUUGAAUACCUGCAGUGCACAUUCAGAGUUUGAAGAUGAAACCCAGUAUAUCUGGAAUUCUAGUCCUUAUACAACAGGGGGUUACAGUGAGGACAAAAAUAGCCACAACUUCAGCACGACCUGCAGUGCUUCUGCAUGUGGCAACCGAAGUUACAAGAGAUGUUCUCCAAAGCCGUCUCUGACUGGCUGUUCCAGCCCUCUGGACCCAUCUUCUGGGCGCAUUUCCAGCUGGAGGAGCACUUGUUCAUGUCACAAGACAAGUGGCCAAGGCAGGAGUAAUUUGCUCUACUUUUGUAAAAGAGAAUGCAACUCGGUUGAAAGGCACACGUGGAAAUACAGGAAGCACAACUCUCUCUACUUGUCUGAUGAGAAAAUAAGCAGUAACUGCCCUCAGUCUGAAACUCAGAAACAUGGGAACUGUAAAUUGGGGGACUCAUUUAAAAAGAAAAGACACUCAAAAUACAGGUACUGUCACUGUAGAGAAAGGUAUAAGCUGGAUAAAAACCAGCAACUUGGAGGGCCAAAAUCCACAAGAAUUAUGCAUUGUGAUUCUAGCUCACAGACUCCCCUUGCUGGAAGCAAUGAUAAACCCUUUAAUGACCAGAGACCAAAGUGCAGCAAAUUGGGCUCCAACUCAAGACAAAGAAUUCAUUACUUAAAUAAAAGCAAAAGAAGUCCAAAGUCCUUGGCCAGCCCUCAUAUUUGUAAAGUGGGAGAAGUCAUAGGCAGACAGUACAACUCGGGUGCUCUUAAAUACCUUCUACAGAACUGUCCUAAUGGCCUUUCAGAAACUGCAGACUUAAAUGCUGUAGAAAAAAGGAUGCCCCUGACUGCCAAAGGCCUUUUAGAAAGAGUCCAAGCCAAGAAGUUUCAGCAACAAUCAUCUAAGUUUGAGGUCUCCUCAAACAGUUCUAUAAAAGAAUCAGAGACUCAUUCUCAAAUCCAAUGCACAAUUCAACUUGUACCACAAAGCUGCAACCGAACAGCAUUGCCUUUGUCAGAGAAAAGACAAUUCAUGAGCAAAAGACAAAUUGAUAAAGACAAUAUAGUUCAUAGGACUACUGAAAAAGAUAAAAUCAAAACCCCAAAGACAAAUAAUUUUACCAUUUUAGCAGACACCGAAUGUGAUAACCAUCUUUGUACAGGUAUAAAUCAUACCGUAACAGAGUCUCAGUCUUUAAGCAGGAAAAAGAACCCAAUAACAAAAGAACAAUCUAAACCUUUAAUUAGUGAAGUCCAACCAUUUCUUCAAAGCUGUGACCCAGUACCAAAUGAUUUCCCCGGUGCUUUUCAGACUAAUAGACAUACUGGUAUAACUGAUUCAACAGAGACCAAAGAGGACCAAAUAAAUCUAGACUUACAGGAUGUAAGCAUGUGCAUGAAUCAUGCAGAGAGGAAUACCAACACUUACUAUGACAGAACUAUGCAGAAGCAUGACAAAGUGGAAGAUGAAUUAGAAGUGUGUCAUAAAUCUCUCUCUCCUCCAUUGAUUCAACAGCCUAUAACAUUUUCUCCUGAUGAGAUAGAUAAAUACAAACUUCUACAGCUACAAGCCCAGCAGCAUAUGCAAAAGCAGCUUCUGUCAAAGCAUCUUCGAGUUUUGCCUACUGCAGGGACCACUGCCUUCUCCCAGACCUCAGCUCUGCAGACAGUUCCAGUUCACCAGCACACAUCCAUCACUACCAUCCACCACACAUUCCUACAGCACUUUGCCGUCUCUGCGUCCAUAAGUUCCCAUAGUAGUCACCUCCCAAUAGCUCAUCUACAUCCGCUUUCACAGCCACAUUUCACCCCCAUCUCAUUUUCUACCAUGGCUCCAGCCAUUGUCCCUACACACCCCAGUUUCUUAGGUCAUCCCCUACAUUUCGUCUCUGCUGCCCCUUUUCACCCAUCUCAUAUAACAGUCCAGCCCCUGCCUCCUGCAGCAUUUAUCCCCACAUUUUUUGGUCCUCACUUAAACCCAGCCACAACUUCUGUCAUCCACUUAAAUUCUUUAAUUCAACCUGUGUUCCAAGGUCAAGAUCUUUGCCAUCAUUCUUGCUCCAGCCAGAUACAACAGUUAAAUGGAGUGAAAGAAGCCUUAAAUAUGUCAGCACACUUGAACUAAUAGGAGUUAGAGCUCCUUUUAUGGAUAAACAAAACAAAAUGACACUACCUGCAAAUAAUGUAUUAACAAUCAUCUAUCUGAUAUAAGAUUUAAAAUAAUGGUGCCAAAUCAAAAUGUAAUUCAUACAUAAAUGUAAGUUGAAUUAUCAAUAAUGAAGCAGUAAAAUUUUAAGAACUUCU